AUGACUACUUCCCUCUGCUGCAAGCACUCUACAGAUUGGCUUGUCGAGUACAUAGCUCUCGUCGGGUCCUUCAUCCUCGUCGGGCUCGAAGCCAUCAUCCGAGUCUUGACGCUCGCUCUCCCCCCUUUCCUGGUCGAUCUAUUUUACCGAGCCUCUCGCCGCAUCUUCAACAAGUACACCUCGCCCGAGCAGAAACGAGCCGAACGGAAGAAGAAGUCGAUUUCGACCUCGGUCCGCGAUGCGUCCGACUUUGUCGAGCUCUGCCGACUCUGGGGAUACGAAGCGGAAGAGCAUAUCGUGCAGACCAAGGACGGCUUCCUUCUCGGCAUCCACCGCCUGCAGUGGAGAAAGGGCGAGGAGGGCCAAAACGUCAACUUUGGGCCCAAAAGCCUCCAGAAGCGGGUCGCCUAUCUGCACCAUGGCCUCCUCAUGAACUCCGAGGUCUGGGUCUGCCUGACGGACGAGCAGAGAUGCUUGCCGUUUGAGAUGGUCGAUCGAGGCUACGACGUAUGGUUUGGCAACAACCGCGGCAACAAGUACUCCAAGAAGUCGAUCCACUGCGGCCCGGCCUCGGUGCGCUUCUGGGACUUUUCCAUGGACGAGUUCGCCUUCUACGACAUCCCCGACAGCAUUGCCUACAUCCUUGACACGACGGGCCAGGAGAGCCUGUCCUACAUCGGCUUCUCCCAAGGCACCGCCCAGGCCUUCGCCACGCUCGCCAUCCACCCGAGGCUCAACAACCAGGUAAAUGUCUUCAUCGGCCUCGCGCCCGCCAUGGCGCCCGCCGGCCUCUCCAACGGCGUCGUCGAUUCCCUCGUCAAGGCCUCGCCCUCGGUCCUCUACCUCAUGUUCGGCCGGCGCUCGAUCCUGAGCUCGGCGACCAUGUGGGAGACGCUGCUGUACCCGCCUCUCUUCAGCCGCGUCAUCGACAUGGCCCUGUCGUUCCUGUUCCGGUGGCGGACGAGAAACAUCUCGGCGAGCCAGAAGCUGGCGGCCUACCCGCACCUGUACUCCUUCACGAGCACGAAGAGCGUCGUCCACUGGUUCCAGGUGAUCCGCAACAAGUGCUUCCAGAUGUACGACGACGAUGUCCAGCAGCCGCUGAUGGUGAGCACGUCGAGCAAGUACUCCAAGGUGGCCAAGUACCCGACGCGCAACAUCCGAACCCCCAUCGUCCUCGUCUACGGCGGCAGCGACUCGCUCGUGGACAUCGAGUCGAUGCUCAAGGAGCUGCCGCCCCAGACGGUGUCGACCGAGAUCCCCCACUACGAGCACCUCGACUUUCUCUGGGCCCGCGACGUGGACGCCCAGGUCUUCCAGCACGUCUUCGACGCCCUCGACAGCUUCUGCGAUGCCGAGCACAGCGCCGAGGAGUACAGCCGGUACUACACGGUGCGGAACGAGAGCCUCAUCGGCUCAGGCUACUCCAUUGCCCAGUCGCGCGGAAGCGAGAGCGAGGCCUCGGCGGGCACGGGUGACGGCCCGGCGCCGUCGUCGCAGAAGCACCGGCAUCUGGCGACGGAGAAGCGCGACGGCUCCGCAGCUUUCGGUGCCGGCCGUCCAUCGUGGUUCCUGCCACCGCCGCCACCCAAAGCGACCGAAUCGGCUGCCGUCGAGGGCUCGUACACGCCGCCGCAGGAGAAGCUCAAGGGCGUCGGCGUCCGGCGCGGCAGCCUUUCUCGCAACAUUGUACUCGACAGCAUCAGCGAGGUGAAGAGGGCGACCCCGGUGAGCACGUCGGUGGAGAUUCUCGGUGCCGACGCCCAAAGCACCGAGGCAUUACCAUCGGAGAGGAGAGGAAGACGGGAUCCUUCGCGGGAGACGCCGUGA